AUGCUGUUGUAUUUUUGUUUCUUCGUUUUUCUCGUCCAUGGCGUAAAAAGUGGUAACGACAAGGCGAUAGAAAACUGCAAUAGAGAUGUGGGAGGACAACAGCGGCCAACUGUCGAUCCAAGCCUUUGUGCACAUAUCGAUUUACCUGCCUGUGCUGCUAUAUUUCCAUACCAUGAUGCGCCAGGGACGAUUCCAACUCACAGAGACCCAGCCAUGAGUUACAAAAUACCCGAAAACUGUACGCAUGCUUCUCUGAAAGAUUUUGCACAAAGAAGUUGCCCAAGUCUCUGCGCAUUCUGCUGUAAAGCAAAACAAUUUAACUGUGCCAAUGAUCCAUUCGCAGGCAAUCAUUGUGAGGCUUUCACAUUGGAGAUGUGCAGGAAUGCAUCUCUCAAUACAAUAGCAUUAAUGAGGUGCCCAAUGAGAUGCGGGCUUUGUGACAGACCAGGAGCAGGUGGAAUGUGCCCAAACACAUUUGACGAUGCAGUUUGCACAGCUCUAGCGCCGGUGAUUUGCCUCGAUGAGAAAGCGAAGAAUUCUUGUCAAAAAACAUGUGGAUUAAGAACUUGCCUAGACAAUCAAAAUGCAACAGCAGCACAAUCAAAUUGUCGCGAUGACGACCAGCAAUGUUCAGAAAAUAGAAGAUACUGCACAAUAGAACCUUAUGCAACUGUAAUGAGAGGUAAAUGCCGUUUAACUUGUGGCCAUUGUCAGCCAUAA